AUGGAAGACGACCACAAUGGCAAGCCUAUAGAGAUUCCAUCGAGAGGGCGGCCUCGGAAGAGGGAUGUAGAGUCUUUUCUAAACUUCAAUCAGUCUCAAAAUGAUUUUGGAAACAAAAACAAAUAUGGGUAUCAUCAAUUUAUAAACCAAGGAGAUCAACUAUCCCUAAAUGAAUUUCAAAGACUACAAAAUUCUGCAUCUAAUGAAUACCUGCAGGGAGAUGUUGCCAACAACUCUCCCAGUAGCAUGGCCAGCUUUCUUGAGUUCAACAAGCCGUUUUCUAGAACAAAAGGUUUUUCUUCAAAUGAGGUUUGUAACAGUGGUAUGAAUUCAGGUAAUGUUCAAAAUGUAAAGGGCAUAGAAUCUUAUAAUUUUAGUGAAUUAAGCGGCAUUGAGGGUAUUGGAUCUCCUUCCACCGACAAAGAGUCUUCGUACCCCAAUAGAAAGAAUAGAAACGAGCAGAAUAUCUCAGAGCUUUCGUCCUUUCUCCAGGAAUUCAAAGCCGAGACCGGUGGCCCUCAGGAUAACAGCCUUUCAGAAGUAAAUAGAAGACUUUUCAGAGAAGAUAUGUUCAGCAACUCCAUACCUCUUGGCUCCCAUUCUUCAUGGGGUUUUCAACAGGACUUUUCUAAGGCCAAAGAAGAAUAUGGUAGGCAUGAAUCUUUGAAUAAAAGUAUCCAGGAAGGAAGGCCUCAUGGAGACUCAGCACACCCUUUGUAUCAAGAAGGCCAAAGCAUCAAUGAACUAAAUCAGAGAUUUCGUAACGAGCAUUUUCAAAUGAGAAUGGGUGUAGAUCCUUACCACGAGGGAUUGCCUGGUAGUGAACGACAUUCUUUUUAUGAAAGAAGAGCAAACCCUUAUACAUCCAGUGAGAUCCCCAGAAUGCAUAUUCCAGAAGGGCCAAGAAGCCACCCAUAUGUUAAUGGCGGAUUUCCCUCGUCCCAAGUGUUUAUGGAUCGUGAAUUUAAUCAAGACCAAGCUUCUCAUGUAAAUAACCAAAAAGUAUCUGGAAGCUCAGAAGGAAUGGACUAUGAUAGAAGAAUGACGGCCUCGCUAUUUCCAGGAGGCCCUACUUUUAGGACCCAUUUCCAGCAAAGAUAUAUGGAUACACCUGUUCAGGGUAAUGUGUGGAUGAAUAGGAAGAAGAGGAAAAGCAAUCCUCUUUUGUGGCAAUACAUAAAAAGCAAUCAAGGAAUACAUCCUGGGAUUGUCCAUCCAUCAAAAUACUCAAGUCUAGAUUUUAUUCAAGGGGUAGAUGACAGCCAGAAAGUGUAUCUUGGAGCAAUGAGGAGGAGCUCCCCGGAAAGGAGCAAUGGAAAUUCUAUAUUCCCGUUGUUCCUUAAUUCAAACAAGGGAGUCACAGAUGAGUUCAAGGAAGUUGUCCAGAACUUCAGGAACUCGAUCAAUGAGCUUGAUUUCAACAAUGUCACAGUCCAGCAGCUCAAGAGCCUUAUGAAGGAAUUUGGACUGAAUCACACCGGAAAGAAGAAUGAACUCAUAGAAAGGCUUCGGGACAUUCUCAAGAAGAUAGACGGGAAGGAAGCUCAUAAACCUGAAGAACAGGUGCAAGAAAAGACAAAAGAAGUCGAUGACUUUGAAUUCUAUUUCUUCUAA